GGGGCGGGGCGGAAGGGGGCGCGCGCCGCCGGGGCGCGCAGGCGCGAGGAGCCGGGCCGGGCCGCGGUGCCGCCGCGCCCGCCGGGGCUGCCGCGGGGAGGAUGAACUGGCUGUUCCCCCUCGCCAAGGGCGGCGGCUCCUCCUCGCCCGCCGCGCCGCUGCCCGCCCUCACCAGCCUCCAGCAGCAGAAGCAGCGGCAGAUCGAGUCCCUGCGCGGUGCCCACGCCUCCAUUGCAGAAAUUCAGAAAGAUGUGGAAUAUCGACUGCCAUUCACUGUAAACAACUUGACAAUUAAUAUUAACAUCUUACUUCCACCUCAGUUUCCUCAGGAAAAACCAGUCAUCAGUGUUUUCCCACCUGUGAGACAUCAUUUAAUGGACAAGCAGGGAGUAUAUGUGACCGGUCCAUUAAUAAGUAAUUUCACCAUGCACUCAGAUCUUGGAAAAAUUAUUCAGAGUUUACUGGAUGAGUUUUGGAAGAAUCCGCCAGUUCUGGCUCCUAGCUCAACAUCAUUUCCAUACCUAUUCAACAAGCCAUCUGGAAUGCCUCCUUAUGCUCCUCAGGGGUUUCCAUUUCUUCCUCCAUACCCACCUCAAGAAACAAAUAGAACGAUGGCAGCCGUGCCAGUUGCUGAAUCAGUUUCUUCAAACUACACUACAGACAAGCCUGCUGCUCCCUCUUAUGGCUUGAUUACUGAUCUGCCACUACCUGUCCCAACAGCAGAAGCAGUGCUUCAGGUUGGCCAGAAUGGAUUUACUUACAAGAUGCCUGAUGUUCCUGAUACAUUUCCAGAACUCUCAGAACUGAGUAUAUCGCAGCUGACUAAUAUGAAUGAGCAAGAAGAAGUAUUACUGGAACAGUUUGUGACCCUACCACAACUGAAGCAAGUCAUUUCUGAUAGAGAUGAGUUAGUGAAAAGCAUUGAAGAGCUGGCAAAAAAAAACUUGUUGCUGGAGCCUAGUCUCGAGGCAAAAAGACAAACUGUGUUGGAUAAAUAUGAGCAACUCACACAGAUGAAAGCAGCCUUUGAAAAAAAGAUGCAAAGACAGCAUGAACUUAGUGAGAGUUGCAGUCCAAGUGCUCUGCAAGCCAGACUUAAAGUAGCUGCUCAUGAAGCUGAAGAGGAAUCUGACACUAUUGCAGAAGACUUCUUGGAAGGCAAAACAGAAAUAGAUGACUUUCUUAGUAGUUUCAUGGAAAAGAGAACGCUCUGCCACUGUAGACGAGCCAAAGAGGAAAAACUUCAACAGGCAAUAGCAAUGCACAGCCAAUUUCAUGCUCCACUAUAGACUUCCUGCAAACUACACCUGUCAAGAGAAUGAGUGAAAAACCCAAUAAAGCACACUUUUUAGUAACUAUUAUUUGCAAAUAAGCAUUUCAUCUUAUAUGGCUGUAUUUAUAGAAGAGAUUGUAUAUGGAGUUGGGAUAGUUUUUGUACAAAUUAGAAUGUCCCUUUUCUACUCUCAUUGUACUCAAGAAUCCUUCUAUUGCAAUCUUUGCACUAAUUUCUUGUAUUUAUUGUUGAUAGUUCUUAUUUACGUUCCUGCUGCUAUACUCCAUUCUUCAGAGAUCACAUCUAAACAUGGAAUUUUGACUAGCUUUUUACAUUUUUAUAAAAAACAUAAUUCAUAUCUUUUGUAUUUUGAACUUUAAGCAUAGAUUUUGCUUGAUCUGUGGAAAAGUUUGAAAUAAAUGGUGAUAGGACUUUGGAAACUGAAGAAGUUCAUAAUUUGAAGUUGUCAGUGGAUUCAGAAGCUGUCUUUGCUUGAAGCCAAAAUGUUUAAGAACGAAUUUUUAAAUUUAAAUUAAUAAUGCAAAAAUGAGUAUAGCUUGUAUUCUGUUUUGGAUAAGUAGAUUUGGAUUAAGCAAAGGAUGUGUUGGAACAAGUUAUAUUGGAAUUGAAAUAGAAUAAAUGAUCUCUGCUUAGAUUGGGUAUGUUGCUUAGUAGCACUGAUGCACUUGAUUUCAGGAGUGGCUUGGUACCUUCCGCUGUAAUUAAACAGAAUUUUCAUCUAACAAUUUCAUUCUCAUAAUUUUUUUUUUUUUACUUAAAGAAAAAAUAAUGAGGUCACCCCCCAGUUUCUGUUUUAUGCAAUAUGUUCCUCAUAGGAGGAAGUCAAAAGCACUUCACAAAACUGAGUUCUGAAGUUCUUUGUGAGAUUUCAGGGCUUUUUCCUGAUUUUAAGGAAUGAAGAAACUAAUUUGGCUGGAGUUGCAUGGUGUGUUAAGGCCAGUGAUAAAAUUUGGAAGUGAAAUUUAAUUCUGCCUUUUAAUCACUGAACCUUGCCUCUGGUGAGUUGACUUUUUUUAGGAUGGGAAUAUAUCUGGUGAGAAUGGGUAGGAUGCAGCACAGUAUUCCACAGGAGAAAAUACAACCCCUAAAUACAUGCCUGGGUGUUUGUUCUCUCUUGCUCUUGUAAAAAGACAUACUUUUUCUUAACCUUGUCAGGUUGCAUUAGGUUUUCAUGGAGACAGUGAAGUUCCAAAAUAACAGAAGGAAUUGUACAGUUCUGAGAGACAGAAAAGACAAAUUAUUGGUUAAGUAAUGUGUCAGGAAUCCUGCUUCUUUCUUGUUGGGAAGCAGUUUGGAGAUAAACCUCUUAGUUAUGCCACUGCCUCUGUGUUACCUACAUAGGGUCACUAAACAUCACAGAUUCUUGUCUCAAAAUCAUAUCCGUCCAAGCAGGUAUGUUUCUGUAUCACUAAUCUUCAGUCAGUCCUAAACUCUCUGCUCUUCUAGCAAAAUGCAAUAAGGUAUUUCUUCUGAAUUUGAGGAGAGUAAAUUUGAAAAAUCACGUAAGUUCAAGAAGCCUGUUCCACAGGCUAGUGAAUCUUGAAAUGGGGCUUUAGUCUCAGCCCUGCCAUACUUUACAGUACUGUGGGUGUCUGUCUUCAGCUACUGCCUUUCAGGGUAAGUAAACCGGUAUUUGAUGGGGUAUUUGUUUGUAAAGCUAGUUCAAAUUCUGAGAUUAGAUUUCCCAAGAUAAUAGAACUAUGGUACAAAUCAAAGAAGAUACUUAGGUGCCUGGAAAAAUAAACAGGUUGUAAGUGCCACGAUUAAGCAAUAAUUUUAGAGUAUAUUCUCCAAAAAAACAUUUCUACUGACUGUGCAUAAUAAUACUUCUAUAUUGACAUAGUAACGAAAGCCCUAAUAAAAAGUGAGAUCACGUAGGCUUUCAAGUGGUUCUGGACUUCGCUUUCUGAAUAGUGUGAUUUCUGCAGCUCUGGAGAAGAAAGGGAUUUCAGUGCUACCUUCUUGACAAACAGUAUUUUUGUGCUGAGUGUAUAAGUUGUUUUGGAUCUUUUUCUGAGUAUCUAGCUAACAAUCUUAAAAGACUAGGCACAAUUCUGUACAGGGCUGCUUUUUUUGUUGUUUCUUCAUUGUAAGAGAGGAAGGAACAGCUAAGCAAACAUCUGGUGCUCUUCCUGAGUUGGGCUCGCAUCUUUUUCAUUUUAUAAUGGCAUGGAAUGACAGACUUCUGUCCUCAUCUGCCUCCUCUUGUUGAAUGUUAUGUGGUGCAUUAUGGUGCUCUAUUGUAACUGAAGUCUAGCCAGAUCACCUUCAGGGUACUUGCUUCCCAAACUAGUACAAGUUCUCAACACUUCAGCUUUUCCUCUUGUUACUUUUGUGAGUAAAUUUAGAAAUUCAGGAUUUCUCCAUGAAGUCUUUCUGAGGGUAGUGGAGGAUAGCCUAGAAGAAAAUGUUACUGUUUAAUGCAAGUUCUUAGUACAGUGCGUCUUGUUCAGGGAUAUGAAAGUUUAAAGUCUUUUUUCUCCCUUUCUAAUCUCUCAUACUGUUGUUCCUGUUCUUAGGAUUUCCCCCUGCUCCCAUCUCAGCCCCAUCAGCAGUCACAAGUACAUCCUAUAGAAAAGCACAGAAGACUUGUAUUCAACAGUGGUGUCAUGGGUUAGCUACAGGUAUCCUGUCACAUGCAGAAAUGGCCAGCCUAUUUCUGGCCUUUAAAGGACAAGUGAGACUACUGCUGGUUUCUUACGUUUUUUUCUUUUCUUUUAGUCCUACACUGGUUGUCCCAAUGGGAACAUUUUUCUAUAUAGGUCAUCUUCAUACUUCCUGCAGAAGACUUAGUAGAACACUGAUAACAGUCUGUCAAGAGUUAGGUUUUUUGCUUCUAGCAAGCUGAUUAAGCAUAUUCCUUUUCCUAUUUUGCUUAAAUGUGGUGUGUAGUUGUAAAUCCAGCUUUAAACAAUUCCCUAUGACAUGUAAGAGAAUGGCAGCUGCUGUUAGAUGCAUAUUAAAUGUGUAAAGUGUACUCUUAAGCAAUCUGAAACAGUAGUCUACUGGGACUUGUUUUUGGAGAGAAACUUGCACUAUGUCAUGCUCAAGCCAAGGCGUUCUGCCAAGUGGAAAAAUGAAAUAAAUGAGUAAGAAAUAAAAGAUUAAGGAAGGGCCUUGUCCUUGGGGUUGCAGCAGUUUGGAGUGGGGGUGAGGGUACAAUCUGUAUUGUAACUGCUAAUUGAGUGUGGGUUUUGCCUACUUGUAAUACCUGAUUUUAUUGCUAAAUGUUUUCCAUAUCUGAGUUUAGGCCUCUUGUUCCUUCCAGAGUCCAGUGACUACUUAAAUCCAGAACUUUAUCCAGAACUGAAUUCUCCCUGUAACAUUUGUAACUGAUGGUAUUGCAAACAAGAGAAACUAUAAAAUAUAUCUGAAAUCAAGUAGGUCUCAUUUUACAGUGAUCUUGUAUGCAGCUGGUGUUGAUGGUACAUUCUGCUGGGGCUUGUAGAACAAAGUUUCUGUAGGUUUCACCAUUUAUUUGACAUGUCAACCUUUCUGAAAGAUAGGGAUUGUCAGGUACAUACAGCUGUACUAGCCACCACUACAAGCAAGAGACUGUAAUUAAGUUAGUUCUAAGCAGUAUCUCAUAUUCUAUAAUUCUGUUGUUUGCUCUGUACAAACUCCUGCAGCUUUGCCACUUUGGACUUUGACCAAAUGCAGAAGUUAAAAAUCUUAUAGUCUUAUUUCUGUCCAAGUUCUUACUGCUCCCUUCAAAGACUAGGAUAAAUCUUUCUAAGCAAGAGAUUUAAGAGACCUUCAGGUAAAAGAUAACUAAAACUCUGGCAACAAAGUUAAGUCAGUUAUCACAGUCUUAUUGUGUACAUUAUUCUGAACAUUAAAUACUGUAAUGUGUUAAACUUACAAAUAAAGGCUUUGGGAUUUUUAAUACA